AUGGCGGCCUCAACUGCAGCGCGCGACAAGGGCAAGCUUUCUCUGUUCUUGUACUAUCUUCCAAUCCGUGUCCUUGCUAUAUUAGCCGCUAUAUACCGCCAGCCAACAGGCCUUCUUGGCCGCGUCCAGGUCAAUCCCGCUGAGAUCACGCGAUGGGCCAACAGCAGCGCGCUCAACAACGGGCGGUGUAAAGUCAAUUACGCUGCCAACGCGUGCGAGGACGUCCGCAUCCAUUUCGCCUCCAACACGGCCUUUCUGGCCUGCGGUGAUCCCGUCGGACGCACGCAUUGGUACCCUCCAGCCUGUGUUCAUGAUGCGUCCAAGCGGUCCGAGGCUUCGUUCCGGGAGUCGAUCUUUAAAUACGACAUCCUCUCCAAGCGCACCACCGAGUUGCGGAUCGAGGGGCUGGAGGGCGACUUCGUCACGCAUGGAAUCGACCUCUAUAAUUUCCCAGACGACUCACAACCGUUACUCCAACCACCAUAUGCGGAAGAAAGCCAUUGA